AUGAUUGACACAGUACACAACCUUGGAUUGAGAUUAGCCUCAGGUGCAUUCCGAUCAAGCCCUAUCCCCAGCCUGCUCAACAUCUCUUACACCCCACCCUUAAAUCUCAUAAGAAAAAAAAACAUCAUGCUUCUAUCUGCAAGACGAGCUCAGAACAACCUCGACAUUCAUCAUGGCAUCACAACUGAACUCCAAGACUCCAACUUUAAAUACUCUGACAUAAUCAACCAUGAAUGUCCGAUCACUCCCCCCUGGACUAUGGACAUCGACAUUAAUCUCAAAUUAUCUUCCCUACCUAAAAGCGAAACUACGCCAAUCAUAUACAAAAAUGAACUACAAUCAAUCCUUGAAGGAUAUCAAGACCAUAUUUGUUUUUUCACGGACGGAUCCAAAACGGAAACUGGUGUAGGCGCUGCAGUUACAUUCAACGAAACCAUACGAAUGCUCAAACUCAUUGACUAUUGUUCAAUAUACACGGCUGAAGCAUUGGCUAUUUCACAUGCUCUAGAUAUUAUAAAACAAGACACAAUAAACAAAUCUAUCAUACUCAGCGAUUCACUUAGCACACUCACAAGCAUCCAAAAUUUCUUCCAACCUAAUAGCAUUUCACAAAAAAUACAGAACCAGAUAUCAUAUCUCCAAACCAAUUCACAGACUAUCACCUUUAUAUGGAUACCAAGUCAUAUCGGUAUUCCCGGAAACGAAUUAGCAGAUAUAUGUGCCAAACAGUCCAUCUCAUCCCCACACUCUCUAGUCCUCUGCUCAUAUACAUUACAAGAUUCUAAAUAUUUCAUCUCUGAGUAUAUCCUUAAAAAUUGGCAACACACCUGGUCAACCCUUCGAACCAAACUAAACGAAAUCAAACCAAGCAUUCUCCCAUGGCCAACCAUCCAUCUUCCCAGACGCCAAGAAGUAAUUCUUAAUAGAAUCAGAAUUGGACACACAUGGUUAAUUCACAAACACCUAAUGACCAAAACGGACCCCGAACCUUGUCUCACUUGUGGUGAAAUUCCUUCAGUCAAACAUAUCAUAUGUUUCUGUCGAGAAUUCAAUGAUACUAGAACCAAACUCAAGCUAGCUGACAACCUUCAAGAAGCACUAGGACCCGAUCCAGACAACACCCAAAAAAUAUUCAUUUUCUUAAAACUUACUAAAUUAUACAACCUAAUCUAA